GCAGAAACAUACAAUCAAUCAUUCACAUCACAUAGAAAUAUGGCCGACGCACUGCAAACAAUAUUCCGCAAUUCUCUACCCCAAGAAGUGUCGGGGUUGCUGGCCGAACGACUCUCGGAGCUGGAAUCUGGAGAUUUUUUCGCCUUGCUACAAACAAAAGAUGCACAGGAAAUACUCGGACGGAGUGCAAAUUCAGAGCUUGAUCAGACCGAGCUGAAAGACUGCGCGACAUGGAAUGAAUUCAUUUCUAUCCGUCUAAGUAAGGUUCUCGGUGCAAAUCAGGAGGAUGCACGAUAUAAGCAAGGUCUCUUCUUUAUCAUUGGAUAUGCCGCUCUGCUCGCUUUCCUACAGUCAAAUGCUACUGGCCCGCCACUUCCAUUCACGCCUUCAAAGACUGUACUGCCAAAAGAUGUGGCUGAGGAUAAGCAAAAAGUCACUGCUUUGCGUCAACAACUGAUUGCUGGCCUUGCGGUUGACGGUAUCGCGGCAUACAGAUUGACACCGAACAUUGAGCUUCUUUGUCUGGCGAAAGUCAUUCUCGGUAACUCGGACAUUCUUGAGAAUAUCCCCGUGUCGAGAUGGGCUAGACUGAGGGUGACGUUCAUGCAUCAAAGGCUGUUGUCCGAGGACUGUGGAACAUUACAGGACAAGAUCUUCGCAGACGUCGAUGCAGUACAGGAGCGUUUCUUUGAUGUUUCACCAAAAGGCAAGUCAGCGGCUGGAAAUGACGAUGCCAAGAUUGAGUUCUUGCUUGAGCGUGCUAGUAUUGAGACUUUCUACGGUCUGGACAAGAAAGCAAGGACUGAUCUCGAUGAGGCGGCGCUUGAGCAGAACUUCCAAUUCGCGUUGACCGGUAUUCUGGGAAGGAGGACAAAGUUUCAGCAGCACGAUGUUAGUCAGUUGGUCGUGCUUGCUAGGAGUGCACGUAGCGCAGAGGAUACCAAUGAUGUAACAGAAGUUCAACAAACGGAAGGCGCGACCACUGGCCCCAAGAACCUGGAUCUGAACGACGACACACUGUUGGAAAACAUUUCAUUCACAGAAAAGCCGACCCUCAAUUUGGAUGUGCAAACCAAGGAGUCUUUGCCACCAGCAUUGGCAGAGUUAGAUCCUUCGAACCAGCCAAAGUUAUCACCACUGGACUCGAUUAUUUUGCUUGCUCUGGCUUCUUCCAUUACAAAUACAUCUCCAGCAGAUGGCCUCACCAGAGAAGAGACACUACCCUAUGCCACUCGAGUGCUGGAGGGCGGUAGCUCGAAUUGGCAAGUCUACACACAAGGCUUGCUCGUUCGUAGCAGGAUGGAAGGCUACAGAUCAAGAACCAUCGAGCGUGGUUUGUUGCAAUUGCAAGCAGUCGUUGAUCAGGUCAUCGCCGACACUACCGAGGCACCUGCAGACAGCAACACAGAUGUGACGGCAACUAGCUUCUUACGCAAGGGUGAGAGUGAAGACUCGGCCCCUGCUUCGGAGAGACUGCGAUACAUUUUCCAGAUUGCUGCACCGACCAGGUGGGAGCUCGAGGGCGAACUGGCACAGAGAUGGGUCACUCUGGGAGGUCUACGCUCAGCACUUGACAUCUACAUCCGCCUGGAGAUGUGGGCAGAAGCCGCUCUCUGUUAUGCCGCAACCGAGAAGGAGGAAACAGCAAAGAAGAUGGUCCGCCGCCAAAUCUUCCAUGCCACUAACAACGGCGACGAUGAAAGUGCUGGCGAUGAAGAGACUUGGGAGGGUCCUGAGAGACAACCGGCACCAGCUGAUGCAGCACGUCUUUACUGCAUUCUUGGUGACCUUGAUCAAGAUGCUUCCAUGUAUGAGAAGGCAUGGGAGGUUUCAGGUCAGCGUUAUGCUCGUGCUCAGCGCUCGUUGGGUCGCAUGUACAUUGGCCAGCGUGACAUGAUCAAGGCUGCGGAUGCAUAUGCUAAGAGUCUGAGGGCCAACCAGCUCAACCACUCUUCCUGGUUUGCCAUGGGUUGCUGUCUGUUGGAGCUUUCCCAAUUCGAGAAGGCUGCCGAAGCCUUCUCCCGCACAGUGCAGCUCGAGGAGACUGAUGCAGAAGCAUGGAGUAAUCUGGCUGCUGCGCUCCUCAAGAACCAGGCCCCGACCGCCGAUGAUGAACAAGGUGCUCCCACCGUUGAGCUCGCAGAAGACGAAGACGAGUCUAUGGCUCCUCAAGCAAAGAAGCCUGAUCCCCAGCAGAACAAGAAGGACGCCCUCAAGGCACUCAAGCGCGCUGCAACACUCAAACACGACAGCCAUCGUAUCUGGGAGAACCUUCUCAUCGUCGCUGCUUCCCUCUCACCGCCAGACUACGACACAGUACUGACUGCUCAACGCCACAUGAUCGACUUGCGCUCAAAGACAAACGGCGAAACCUGCAUCGACGUAGAGAUAAUGGCCCACAUGAUCCGUCACGUCAUCGCCUUGAACGACGAAUAUGACCCCAACAAGCCAGGCUUCGAACGCUUGUUGGUCGAAAUGUUUGACAAGAAAAUCGUCCCUCUCAUCACUUCCUCCCGCGAGCUGUGGCAGUUAUACGCCAAACUAUGUCUCUGGCGCAAGAAGCCCGCCACAGCACUCGACGCCAACGAAAAAGCCUGGAGAGCAGUAACCAGCCAAGCCGGCUGGGAGACUGAGAGCGAAUCACGCUGGAAUGUCAUCGUGGAUGCAACAGUAGAUUUGUGCGAUGCCUAUGAGAGUUUGGGACAGAUGGAAAAGACCGAAGGCAUGGCUGCUGGAAGUGGGGCUUUGGUUGCAAAGGAUUGGAAGUUCAAGGCUAGGAGUGCUGUUAGAUCUAUUAUGGGUAAAGGUAAGGAUUGUUGGGAGGAUACUGAUGGGUGGGAGAGAUUGAAGGAUGCACUUGACGGUCUGCGUGGAUAGAUGCUUAAACUUUUACUGUAUAAAAACUGUAUGACAUGUUUUUACAUUUCU